UGCUUACCAUUUUUCUGGUCAAAUGGCAAAAUAACAGUUUUAAAGCGGGAAAAAAAAUAAUCCUGAGUUUCAUUAUUUGACCAGAAUUUUUCAGAAAAAAAUGUUUCACUUUUACUUUUUAGUUAAUCUUCAACCCCAUCACUUCACUAUCCCAUUAUCCUCUAUGGGGUUGGGGGAAUUAAGAAGACAAUUUCUUCUUUUUUGGCAAGAAGACAGUGUCUAGUGCACCAUGAAGAAAAAGAAGUUUAUAAAUAUAACAUUUUUUCCUCAUUAAAGUAUAUCUCAAAAUAAAUCAAUAAUUUUGGUGAGGAGAUGUUCAUUUCAUGCAAUUGAAGCACUACACUAGUAAAAAAGUUGUAUUCUCGAAUUGAACAUUUCUUGAUAAUCUCCUAUGUAACCUCCAAAUGUUGCCUUUUUAUAUUAAGCCUACAAAAAUCUUGGAUCAAGAAUUCAUUUCAUGCAAAUGCAUCAUUUGUUUAUCAGUAGCUCUCAAAAAUCUUGAUCAUUCUUUAGGAACACUUCAAAGUUUUGAUCUUUUCUACUGAUCUUAUCCAUAUUUCACUGUUCUUGAUAUGUUAUAUUAGUGAAAUUAGAGGCGGAGCCAGGAUUUCAAGUUUUUGGGUUCUGAACUUGUCACCGAACUCAUAGCUCAUUUUAGUUAUUGGAUUCACAACUAAAUAUUUAUACAUAUUUAAUUGAUUUCCUCAUACAAAUACAGGGGCUACCAAAAGCUAUUGGGUUCGUCUGCUCCCGUACCUAAUAUUGUUGAAAAUGAUGGAGGGGGCAUUUGUGGGGAAUGAGUUAGCAAGAUUGAGAAGUAGUAAUAGUAGGGGGACAAGUUGGAGGUCAUCUCAGAGUAUUAAGGAGGUGUUUGGAGGGCAAAGGGAUGCAUUUUUUAUGAACAAUUACAGUACGCGGUGGCGGGAGGUGGCAGAGGAGGAUGAGAAGGAGCUAAAAUGGGCGGCGAUAGAUCGGUUGCCAACAUACGAUAGAAUGAGAAAAGGGAUGAUGAAGGAGGUGAUGAACAAUGGGAGGGUAGUUCAUCAUGAAGUUGACAUGACUAAGCUUGGUAAUAAAGAUAGGAAAGUAUUCAUGGAGAGUAUUCUUAAAGUUGUGGAAGAUGAUAAUGAGAAAUUCCUUAGAAGACUCAGAAAUAGGACCGACAGGGUAGGCAUAGAGAUCCCAAAGGUUGAAGUGAGAUUUCAGAACUUAAGUGUAGAAGGAGAUGCAUAUGUUGGGAAAAGAGCACUUCCAACUCUGCUUAAUUCCACCUUGAAUACCAUAGAGGCUGUUCUUGGAUUGAUUAAUCUUUCUCCUUCCAAGAAAAGGGUUGUAAAAAUUCUUGAAGAUGUGAGUGGAAUCAUAAGGCCAUCCAGGAUGACAUUACUCCUAGGGCCUCCUGGUUCAGGAAAAACUACAUUUUUAAAAGCACUUGCAGGAAAAGGUGAAGGCGAUUUGAGGGUGACAGGAAAAAUUACAUAUUGUGGCCAUGAAUUUAAUGAAUUUGUUCCUCAAAGAACAAGUGCUUAUAUUAGCCAACAUGAUCUGCAUCAUGGAGAGAUGACAGUUCGUGAAACAUUAGAUUUUGCUGGAAGAUGCUUGGGUGUUGGAACCAGGUAUGAUCUACUGGUGGAGUUGUCAAGACGAGAAAAAGAAGCGGGUAUAAUGCCAGAUCCUCAGAUUGAUGCAUUUAUGAAGGCCACAGCAAUGGAGGGCCAAGAGACGAGCUUAAUUACAGAUUAUGUACUCAAGAUUCUUGGAUUAGAUAUUUGUGCUGAUAUCAUGGUUGGAGAUGAUAUGAGAAGAGGCAUUUCAGGUGGACAAAAGAAGCGCCUUACUACUGGGGAAAUGUUGGUUGGGCCAGCAAAAGCGUUUUUCAUGGAUGAAAUAUCAAAGGGGCUGGACAGUUCCACCACUUACCAGAUCGUCAAGUUUAUGAGGCAGAUCGUUCACGUUAACGAUAUAACUAUGGUUAUCUCCCUCUUACAGCCUGAUCCCGAGACAUUUGAUCUAUUUGACGAUGUUAUUCUCCUGUCAGAGGGUCAAAUUGUUUACCAGGGUCCAAGAGAAAACGUUCUUGAAUUCUUUGAGUACAUGGGAUUUAGAUGUCCGGAAAGGAAAGGAAUUGCAGAUUUUCUGAUGGAAGUUACUUCCAAGAAAGAUCAAGAACAGUAUUGGUUUAGAAAAAGCAGGCCUUAUGUAUAUAUAUCUGUUCCUGAGUUUGCUGAGUCCUUCAAUUCUUUUCAGAUUGGUGAGCAAAUUAUUGUAGAACUUACAAUUCCGUAUGAUAAGUUCAGCGUCCAUCGUGCAGCAUUAGUGAAAAAUAAAUAUGGUAUCUCUAACUUGGAACUCUUCAAGGCAUGCUUCUCAAGGGAAUUGUUGCUGAUGAAACGAAGUUCUUUCAUGUACAUCUUUAAAACUGCCCAAAUCACUAUCAUGGCGAUUAUUGCCUUGACAGUGUUCUUAAGAACACAAAUGAAAGCUGGAAGUGUGAGAGGUUCUGCUAAGUUCUGGGGCGCCUUGUUUUUCAGCCUCAUCAACGUGAUGUUCAAUGGGAUGCAAGAGCUCGCGAUGACAGUUUUUAGGCUUCCCGUGUUUUUCAAGCAGAGAGAUAGCUUAUUUUAUCCAGCAUGGGCUUUUGCCUUGCCAAUUUGGGUGCUUAAAAUUCCAAUCUCGUUUAUGGAAUCUGCAAUUUGGAUCAUCCUUACAUACUACACCAUUGGCUUUGCCCCUGCAGCCAGCAGGUUUUUCAAACAGUUAUUGGCAUUUGUCGGGGUCCAUCAGAUGGCUCUCUCUUUGUUCCGUUUUAUUGCAGCAGCAGGAAGAACACAAGUAGUUGCGAACACACUUGGAACCUUCACUUUGCUUCUGGUUUUUAUACUUGGAGGCUUCAUCGUCUCGAAAGAUGACAUCCAAGAUUGGAUGAUUUGGGGCUACUAUGUCUCCCCUAUGAUGUAUGGACAGAACGCAAUUGCCAUAAACGAGUUCCUAGAUGAUCGAUGGAGUGCUCCUACUAAUGGUUCUCAACCAACAGUAGGAAAGACUCUUCUUCAUGACAGAGGCUUAUUUACCACAGAAACUUGGUAUUGGAUAUGCAUUGGAGCACUUUUUGGAUUUUCACUUCUCUUCAAUGUCCUCUUCAUUGCAGCUUUGACAUUUUUAAAACCUCUCGGAAAUACUAAAGCUGUCAGUGUUGAGGAUGAGGAUAAAAGCAACAAUAGGCCUCAAGAAGCAGCAAUAAAAGAUAUUCAGAUGGCUCCAACAUGUUCUCAAGCAAACACCAGCUGUGCUGUUCCUUUCCCGAAUAAUGAAUUAAGAAAACGGAUGGUCUUGCCGUUCCAGCCCCUUUCACUCGCAUUCAACCAUGUGAAUUACUAUGUCAAUAUGCCUGCUGAAAUGAAGACUCAAGGAAUUGAAGAAGAUAGAUUGCAACUUCUACGAGACGUUAGUGGUGCUUUCAGGCCUGGAAUUCUUACAGCAUUGGUCGGUGUCAGUGGUGCUGGAAAGACCACCUUGAUGGAUGUCUUAGCAGGUAGAAAGACAGGUGGAUACAUUGAAGGGAGCAUAAAAAUUUCAGGUUACCCAAAGAAUCAGAUAACAUUUGCUCGAGUCAGCGGUUACUGCGAACAAAAUGACAUUCAUUCACCAUAUGUAACUGUCUAUGAGUCCCUCCUCUACUCAGCCUGGCUACGUCUACCCUCCGAUGUAAAGACAGAAACACGAAAGAUGUUUGUGGAAGAAGUCAUGGAAUUGGUAGAGCUCACACCAUUGAGGAAUGCUCUUGUUGGGCUCCCCGGGGUGGAUGGUCUUUCUACUGAACAGCGAAAGAGGCUGACGACUGCUGUCGAAUUAGUUGCAAAUCCAUCCAUCAUCUUUAUGGAUGAGCCCACAUCAGGACUUGAUGCUAGAGCUGCAGCUAUUGUUAUGCGUACUGUUAGAAAAACAGUGGAUACAGGAAGAACGGUGGUCUGCACGAUCCACCAGCCUAGCAUAGAUAUUUUUGAAGCUUUCGAUGAGCUACUUUUGAUGAAAAGAGGAGGCCAAGUAAUAUACGCUGGACCUCUUGGCGCUCAUUCUCAAACGAUGGUUGAAUAUUUUGAGGCCAUACGAGGGGUUCCCAAUAUCAGAGAGUGCGAUAAUCCAGCUACGUGGAUGCUUGAUGUCAGCUCUUCUUCUAUGGAAGCAAAACUUGAUGUCGAUUUUGCUGAAGUAUAUGCCAACUCUGAUCUUUACCAGAGAAAUCAACUGCUGAUCAAGGAACUUAGCAGACCAGCACCUCGCUCAAAGGAUCUAUAUUUCCCCACUCAAUAUUCCCAAUCCUUCCUAACUCAGUGCAAGGCCUGUUUCUGGAAACAACACUGGUCAUACUGGAGGAAUUCACAAUAUAAUGCAAUCAGAUUCUUCAUGACAGUAGUCAUAGGGAUUCUGUUUGGUGUCAUUUUUUGGAAUAAAGGAAACAAAAUAUACAGACAACAGGACUUGCUUAAUCUGCUAGGAGCAACUUAUGCAGCUGUCAUGUUUCUUGGAGCCACAAAUGCUUCUGCAGUACAAUCUGUUGUAGCUGUUGAAAGGACGGUUUUCUAUCGCGAAAGAGCUGCUGGAAUGUAUUCAGAGUUGCCUUAUGCAUUUGCUCAGGUGGCUAUAGAGACUAUAUAUGUUGCAAUACAGACUUUUAUUUAUUCUCUUCUUUUGUUUUCCAUGAUUGGAUACCAAUGGACAGCAACAAAAUUCUUCUAUUUCUACUACUUCAUAUUCAUGUGCUUCACCUACUUCUCCAUGUAUGGCAUGAUGGUUGUUGCUUUGACUCCUGGUUAUCAAAUUGCUGCCAUUGUCAUGUCCUUCUUCCUCAGCUUCUGGAACUUAUUCUCCGGUUUCCUUGUUCCUCGUCCGCUAAUUCCAGUGUGGUGGAGGUGGUACUAUUGGGCCUCUCCGGUUGCAUGGACAAUAUACGGGAUUUUCACCUCCCAGGUGGGAGAUAUAACCGAUGAACUUGAACUCCCCGGUGAAACUGUGAAAAUACAGGUGAAUCAGUUCCUGAAAGAAUAUUUGGGAUAUGAUCAUGACUUUCUUGUAGCAGUGGUUUUUGCCCAUGUGGGCUGGGUUCUUCUGUUUUUCUUUGUUUUUGCUUAUGGAAUCAAGUUCUUGAACCACCAAACAAGGUAGAAAUGGGAGAAAUUUCUGACUAUUCUAAAGUUUCUCUUAGAUAUUUAGGUAUAGGUUUACACAUCAAACAUGGAAUUGUAUAUUGUUAUAGCUUGUUACCUUAUCUUCCAAUUCUGGUUAGCCUGUCAA